AUGUUUUCAAUAUUUGAUGCUUCUUCAUUUACAAAUAUAAACAGGAAACCCGCCCCGCUCGAAACUCCGAAAAAUGCUCCAAACACAUUCACAUCGUCUGCACGUACCAAGGCCACAACAAGUGAUGCAACUUCUUCAAUACAAGGUACAAAGCUUAGUGGAUUCCAACAAAGACAAAUCAAGACGCAUAAUAUCGUGGGCACAAGGUUUCGAAGCAAGACGGGUUGUUUAAAUUGUCGCAGACGAAAGAAAAAGUGUGAUGAAACAUCAUCUGUAUGUCAAGCAUGCCAAGUACGAAAUCAAGAAUGUGUAUGGCCCGACUUGUCGAAAGGGAGUAACACUAAGCGAAUACUGAAACCAUCAGGGGCAGUACCAACCAAACGAAUAGUGGUAGCACCUGCCCCAUCAUCGUUCACUAUCGAUCUUGGCAUGUCAUCAUCUGAAAACAAAUCAUUUACAACUACCCCAAGCACCGCAACGAAUUUAUCAAACUCAACGAAAUCUUCUACACCAGCGACAACAGCAUCUUCAUCCUUAUCAUCGUUAACGGAUUCUCGUGUCAAUGGCGAUCGCUCCAGUGUCCCACCUUAUUCUGCUUCUUGGAAAUACGAUACUACUUUAUUAGCAUUCGAUCCAGCACUUGUGUCGACUACAUUGCCUGUGUCGUCCACUAGAAAUGAUACUUUGCUUGGGAGUACUGAUAGGCAAAUACAUCUGCUGUCUCUACAUCUGCUGGCGCUGCUGCUGGUCAGUGUACAAACAGGUAUGGUGGACUUUGACAAUGAGCAUGAAGAAGCAAUGGAUGAUGUAGGCCACUUGAAUAUGAAUGUGUUGUUGACAUAA